UAGUAAUCCAGUCCCUUCACCAUUGGGGUGGUCCACCAGUCCAAGGCAAGGCAAGAUGGAGUACAGGAGCAUGCAUGCUUUGUUCCUCACCCUGCUGCUGAUCAGCGAAGUUUAUAUUGGAGUUCAUUCCCAGCAGGAGGGAGUAGAGGACAAUGAAAGCUGGACCGGGAAAGCUUGCAAAUGUAACUGCGAUGGAGAAGAGUCGCCCACCGAGUUCAGCUCCAUCACCGCUAGUUCUAGUUGGGGCCGUGGACUGGGAUGCAUGCCAGAUUGCCCAUAUCACUGGCCAAUGGGCUUUGAGGCUGGAUCCGUCACUGAAGAUCAGAUCAGCUGCUCUAACGAAGACCAGUACACUGGCUGGUUCUCCUCCUGGACUCCCGGCAAGGCCAGACUCAACAACCAGGGAUUUGGAUGUGCCUGGCUGUCUAAAUUCCAGGACACCAGCCAAUGGCUGCAGAUCGACCUGAAGGAGGUGAAAGUGGUGUCUGGCAUCCUGACCCAAGGGCGCUGUGAUGCGGAUGAGUGGAUUACCAAGUACAGUGUACAGUACCGCACCAACGAGAAGCUCAACUGGAUCUACUACAAAGACCAGACUGGCAAUAACAGGGUGUUUUAUGGAAACUCUGACCGUACAUCCUCGGUCCAGAACCUGCUCCGCCCUCCAAUUGUGGCCCGCUACAUCCGCCUGAUUCCUCUGGGUUGGCAUACUCGCAUCGCCAUCCGGAUGGAGCUGCUGCUCUGCAUGAACAAAUGUACCUGAUGUGGCACAUCCUGUAAUGACCCACUUGAUCCUUUUAUUAACCUCUUUUUCUCACCCUGCACCACCCAGGUGCCUCUCUAACUCUCUGAAUUAUAUUUUUUCUGCCCUUUUGAUGUCUUUAGUAGUAUAGUAUCAUAUUUCAUUUUCCUCUUGGGAUAUGUCUCAGGAUCUUUGGUCAUUCCUUAUUUGUUAAAAAUACAUAAGUUAAAUCUUUCUGAAAGCAUAUACAGUAAGACAGAUUUGAAGAAGUCUAGAAAUGGUGGUAAGUUGGUUGUGACUUUAAAAAGACUGAACAUGAUGUUGUAUAUUACUGAAUAAUGGUAAUUAGUUUUAGAUUUCUUAUUUAUUUUUGUGUGUAUAUCCAUGUAUUUAUUUUUAUAGGAGCCAUGUUUACCCAGGAUAAAAAUAAAUUAGGGAUGUACUGAAAGGAAAAUCUUUGGGUAAAGCUGAAUUUUUGCAGUUUUUAAUUAAUUUAACUUUUUUUUACACUUACAUACAUUCCAAAUAAUUAAAAACUUGACUGUUCUAUAAAGUUUAUUUUGUCUUUUUUACGCUUAAUAGAUAUUUGGUACAUCUCUAAAACAAUAUAGGAAUUUUCAAAUAACAAUUAAAAAUACAACAAAAAAGUAUAAAUAACAAUUUGCUUAUUUUCAACAGCUGCGGCACUUGACUCGACUGGAUUCCAGAUGCUGUGAUUGUUAAAAUCAGCUGAGUCUAGGUCAGCAGCAUUAGCCUACUUUUUAUACCCCAAAUGUGGAAAACAAACCUGCAUAAAUUCAGUAUUCGCCCAGAUCUUGGUGCAUCUCUAAUAACAAUAUUUGCAGACAUGCACCUUAACUUAAAAAAGCCAGAGGUUUAAUUUCAUUACUUUGGUUGGAACUAGGAAAAAUACAGUAUUAAUACAGUAAUGCUGCUUUUCUAUGCAUUUGUGAAUCAUCUUGUGUGAACUCUUGUGUGGUUUUGUAAUGUGAAACUGGAGGCCUAUCAGACUGAUUUAUUAAACUGAAAAAGUCAUGUCCAGAUUUCACAGUGCCAUUUUAAGCACCCCUGAGCCCUUCAAAUCAAUGUACACCUUGGCCCAAAUUAAUUUAGACAGAUUAUCAGAUUAUUGGCCUUUGUACUGCCACAAAAGGGAACCGACUAACUUUAAAAGUCUGGCCGAAAUAUAUAGUAUAGCAGGCAUGCAGGGGUGCUAAAACUGUUCUAAGGAUUCCUGGCUCUGGAGGUUUUGUGUUUUGCCUACUAGAUUUGGGAAAAAGAUAAAAUAUACAGAGCAUGGGGGUCACAAAACAGAGAUUGGGAUUCCCUGUUUUAAUGUCUACUUCAGUGUAUAGCUAACAGACCCCGGUAUUUUGACUGUGAAUUGUUACACAAAACUAAUACAACCAUCUAACCCUCUUAAUGGUUUCCUUUUUAGUUUAAGUAGAAAACUGGUGUUUAAAUGUGUUAACAUUUUAUGUCUCUAAAUAAAAAUAAUUUUAUUCCAGCUGCUGUGUUUAUAAUUCUUAAAAAAAAAAAAACAUUUUAAAUCAGAGUUUGAUGUUAUGCUGGGUGAUUUAAAGAAAAAUUAAUGAUAUACUAUACAGGUCAAAUGUUUGGAUACAAAUUACAAAUCUAAUAAAACAUGUAUUGUAGAACAAUGCUAUUUAUCAUUUUAUCCAUAACAAGUUCAUCCCUCUGCUAAAUCCGUUUGCUCAAUAAGCAAAUGGAAACAAACUUUGCAUCAGCCAUUUUUAAUGCUUCUACUACAAAAACAAAGCACUUCAAUGUAAAGAGCUGAAAAUAUGGACCUUACAGCCCAAUCACAUUUCUAAUUUGUACCCCUAUUCCUUGUUUUCGUGUGUAAUCCUCCCCCUAAUUUGGGACAACUCGUCAUGAACCUGUUCGCAACCCUACCAGGCUGAUGUCAUAGCAGUGGUGCACUAAAGUUCAACAACCUACCUACAUUUUGAGAGUGGGAUUGGUUGUUUAUUUUUUGAACUCUUACUAAGAAAAAUGUGCUUAGCCCACUGGCAGAUUUUUUAAGCUUAAUAUACGCAUAUACAUUUAUAACAUUAACAUCAACCAGUGGAAACAUUUAUAAACAGACUUUCUAUCUCUAGACACAGUGUCAGAACUCAUCAGAAACACAGAUAUCUCAGUAUGGACACAUCUAAAUCACAAAUAAAAAACGUAAAUAAAUAGGUAAGUAUUAGUAGCUAACUUUGCACAUUCUUUACUCUUUAUCCAGACUCUGGUCACUUGAUUUCCAAAUGUUGUUCCAGUGAUGGUUGGUGAAUCAUGUUAUCUGCUGGUGUUGAUCCACUGUGUUAUAUCAAGUCCAAAAUAAGUGCAGGGUUUUUCUGGAAAAUCUUACAGCACUUCAUGCUUGCCUCUGCUGAUAACGAUUAUGGAGAUGAGGAUUUCAUUUUCCAGCAGGACUUGGCACACUGCCCACACUGCCAAAAGUACCAAUUGGGCUUAUAUAUUAUUAUAAUUUUCAUUUGAGUUAUGUAUUGAAUUGAAUCACUGAAAUAAAGUAACUUUUUAAUGAUAUUUAACAUUUUUUGAAACGCACUAGUGUAUAUUGUCUCGUUUUAAGUCAAUUUUUUUGUAUUGAGGGCAGCUCCUGAUUGGUUAGUGGAUCAGGCGGAGGUUAAGGGGUAUAAUUGGUCAGGUCUGCUCAGUCAUUACCGCCACUGAUUGUUUCGGCUUUAAAAGAAGCUCAGGAGAAUCUGCCGUAGUUUCUGUCAUUAUGAAAGCCCCGCGUCCUCAGGUGAAGAAGUCCGCCGCGCUGAGCAGAGGGAAGGCCCGGCUCCGCGCUCAUGCUGCGUUCAUUUACCGGUUCCGGAGAGAGACCCAGAGUACUGACGCCGCGGUGGUGCAGAGGACGCUCCGCGGCCCGACCCCGUUCCUGCUGCGGAGAGUGAGCCAGGAGGCCGCCCGCCUCUCCGCCCUCAACCGCCGGCCUGUGAUCACCCAGCGGGAGGUGGUGGCCGCGCUGGAGCAGCUGAGGCGCAGGCGCAGUGCGACGCUUAUGGCCGGGGCAUGACCUGAGGAGGGGUGGGGGACGCUUUUAAAACCAAUUUCUAAUAUGUAAAUAUUUAAUUGUAUUAAAAUAAACGUGUUUUUUAAA